GAAGAACAAGAAAAGUUAUAAAGGAAACCAGCGAAUUUGCGGAAGGCAGUGUUUUGUGAAAGUGAAACGACGCGCUGCCGCCAUGGCAGUCUCCGUGCAGGUGAAAAUCCUCGUCUUUUCGGCCCUCUUUACCGGAGCAUUGAGGCUGUGCCGGGCAGACGCGGAGCCGAAGAAAGACAAAGAGGAACUGGACGCCGAAGAAACCAAGAAAUUGGAGAUCAUCAAGCGCAUCAAGAAGAUAAACGAAGACGGUUCGUACACCAUCGGCUACGAGGCUGACGAUGGUUCCUUCAAGAUCGAAAGCAGGGACGUACUGGGUCACAUCAAGGGCACCUACGGCUUCGUGGACGAAGACGGCCAGAUAAAAAGAGUAUCAUACAGUUCCACCAACACCACCGAGAUUCUAAGCAAACCCGAGGCUCCGUCUGUCGUGCAAAGAAUCCCUGCGAAAAGUUCGAUUCCAUCGUCGUACGUUUUCACCUCAACCCAGUCCACGCCUGCGACCUCGUCCUCUUCUUCAACCAUCAGUCAGAUACUGAGCAGAAGGAAAACCACAACCCACAAGCCUAACCUCCAAGAAUCGUCGACUUCGAAGCCUAAAUAUGUGACUUACACAUCAGCGGCGCCGAAAGUGCUGCUGCAAGGCAAACCCUCAGCAGCUUUGAGCAAAUUCAACGGGCAGAUAUCCAGACCCGAAACACUCACCAGCGCUUCAACGGAAGUUCCCAAAGCUCAAAAGUUAAUCAGCGCCCCGAAGCCCGUCACCGAAGACCCGGAACCGGAUAACCGAGGGAACAUACUGCGCAGGGAACUGCCGGAAAACGAGGCGUCCCCUUACAGCGCGAGAGAGCACAUUUUCACGCUUCAACAGUCGUUAGGCCACGACUCCGUGGACGUUUACAGCGGUUCGAUGACCACCGGAACUGCGCGACCUUUGUUCACCACCACUGCUAGAUCCAGACCUGCAUAUUCCACGGUACCCACGGCAACUACUUCGAGACCUAGUAUCGCUCCUCCGUAUCCGCUCAAUUAUUUGAAAAAUAGCUUGCAGGAUAUAGAAAGCUCCAACGAUUACGUUCGAGAAACGACCACUUUACCAGCCAGCCCUACUCCGGUUGCAGCUUCGCAAAUACCAUCUAGUAGACCAGAAGUGCAACAAGAACCGCUGGUUGCAAUAAGACAACCUAACCAGAGAAACACCAUACUCAUCCCGUUGAGCCAGUUCCAAGGUAGGAUAAUUCCUAUAGAACAAUACAGAGAACCAAACGAAGAGUCGAGAAACUAUCCUUACCAGGCCCAAACCAGCAGGAAACCGCCCAUGGUGGUCGAAAUAGAUCAAACCGCGGCGGUGGUGAGGCGCCUACCACCUCACCCUUUGCGCCCGAUGCCGGUGCAAGUCGACGAAAACGGGUAUCUCAGAGAACUCCCCAGGCACGUCCCGACCCCUUACCCGGUCCCCGUCCCAGCAUCGCAGAUACCCAAAUACGCCAACCCCGCGUACGACGUCGACAACAUCGAACCGCCCGUCAGCACCAAAGACUUCCAACGGUUGCUGCAGCAAUUGAUCCUCCGGCAGAGCAGAUUGGAGAAGAUCAGCGCGCUGACCAAACAACCGCCGGAGAUGUUCGUGCAGCCCGAACCCGCCGGGUACAGGCAGGUCUAUUCGCAGCCGUUCUACUACCAGCAGGAACCCGCGCGAUCCGGCUACAAUCGAAAGCAGGACGAUCGGCGGCGGUUCCACCAUCGGCCCGACGUGUACGAGGAGUACGAUUCCGAAUCGUACCGGCCCAGCAGGCGGGUGGCGCGGCUGCUGCCGUCGGGGGCGGCCCACCAGGAGGCGGAGGAGUACCUGCCGUCGGACGUGAGGGAGAUGCUGCUGCUCAGGAUGCUGCAGCUGGCUAUCAAUCCGGCGUUGCCGCUCGACGAAGACGAGGUGGAGAUCGUCGCCAAGUCCAAGCCGGUCAAACGGACGCCGGUUAGGAACGUGGAGAUUUUGGGCGAGGACGAAACCGGCGAGGAGAAAGGGAACGCGCCAAGAGGGUAGAGUGAUUUUUGACUGGUUGCUUCGAAAAUCGUCGUUGUAUUUAUUACAUCUUACAAUUAGUAGUUGAUGGUUGUUUGCAAGGAGAUUUGUUAAGUAAGUACCCAAAGAAUAUAAAGUUUCCUAUUAACAAGUGUUCUUGCAUGCAGUUAACUAUAAUUUGUGUUUAAAAAUCUUAUCGUUUCUUUUAUUUGUAAAUAUAUUUAUUGAAAGUGUUAAUUUUAAAAUGCUAUUAGGGUGGUUUGUAAUAAACUCGUCAUUUAGGCAAAUUGUUCACUUUUAAAUUAAAAUUGCGAUUGUUAUGAACUGCCCUUUCAAAUAGCUUAAAAUAUUGUGUAGAUAUUCCACUGGAACCAAAGUAGUAAGUGAUAAAGGUGGCAAAUUUUAUUAUAUUUUUUUUUUAACAAAAUGAAUAAUUGUAACGGUUUCAGUUCGUCAGAAAAUGAUCAAAUGCUUGUAGGUAAUUCUCACCAUCUAAAGGAAAAAUAAUUACAUGCAUAUUAGCACAUUUAAGAUAGAUAUCCUCCAUUAAUUAGGAAGCCAUUUUCCAAUUACAUAAACCAAACGUGUUACCAAAUAUGUGAAUUUUAUUCUGUGAGAAACUCUUAAACCGCAA